AUGACAACAUCAUUAAGCUUUAAUUCAUCUGGUAUCGAUAGCAGAGACUGUUUGUUGUAUCGUAAAUUUGUAGAUAUUAUUGUAUUCUUAGCUUGUGAAUUCAACUUACAAAGCAUGUUCUUCUCAACAGCUUUCAAAUUGUUAACGGUGGUUUGGUUGGAUAGACAAGAAAUUAUUGCUUGCUUACGUCUGAAGCUAUUAGAUAUACAUUUGCACAUGAGGUUUUGGUUUUGUGUUAUUUUUAUCAUUGACCAAGACAUCUACCGCAUUGAUUGCAACCAUGAUGUUUCUAUAAAAGCACAGAUGAGAAGCGAGGAGUUUGAUAGAAUGUAG